AUGACGGCUAUAGACGCGGAAGCAGUCUGCUGCAUAGCCAAUAGCGUGCCUUCCACCGCUUUUCACGCCACUGCAGUGGACGUUAGCGCCGGCUGCGACGAAAGAGUCUGCAAGCGCCCGAGCUGCGCGUGCGAGUCCGACCUGCCGCCGGCCGGCCUGCGGCCCCGCGAGGUGCCGCAGUUCGUGACGCUGACGUUCGACGAUGCCGUCAACGUGGGCAACAUGCCCUUCUACGACGAGCUGUUCGACGGAACCCGAAAGAACAAGAACGGCUGCGGCAUCGCGGCCACCUUCUUCGUGUCGCACGAGUACACAGACUACGCGGCCGUCAACCAGCUGUACUCUUGGGGCAACGAGAUCGCCUUGCACUCGAUAAGCCACCAGACCGACUCGAACUACUGGCAGACCAUCAACUCCACCCAAUGGGAGCUGGAGGUGGCGGCCCAGAAGGAGAUGAUGGAGACCUUCGCCGGUGUGCCGGCUUCCCACGUGACCGGCGUCAGGGGGCCGUUCCUCUACAACGGUGGAGACGAGGGCUUCCGCAUGCUACACCAGCAUUUCCGGUACGACUGCACCCUCGUGCACCAGCGCGUGCGUGGCUCCGAGGAACCCGUCUACCCGUACACCAUGGACUACGGCUUCCGCCACAGCUGCAUGGUGUGGCCGUGUCCCGAGAAAACCUACGCGGGUCUCUGGGAGGUACCCAUGAACGUGCUCUUCAAAAAGCGUGGGGGCGAGGACUACCCGUGUGCCAUGGCGGAUGCCUGCCUGCCGCAGCCAAUCACCGCCAACGAAACCUACGAGUACCUCAGGUCCAACUUCGAAGAAGACUACUACAACGCCAGCCGCGCACCGUUCCCACUGUUCGUUCACGAAGCUUACUUGCGUCACCCCGAGCGCAAGAAGGGCUACCUGCAGUUCAUCGACUGGCUGCUUCAGAAGGACGACGUCUACCUCGUGACCAUCUCCGAAAUGCUGCGCUACAUGCAAAAUCCGACGCGACUGAGCGCCUACACCCAGCACGCGUGUCCCGGACGCGGUCCCGCUGUGCAGAGCACCUGUACCAAGCCCAGGAGCUGUAUCUACAAGAACACGUCACUGGGAGGCGACCGCUACAUGAGGAGCUGUUCUCGGUGCCCCAAGAACUAUCCCUGGGUUGGGAAUCCCAAGGGCAACUAGCAAAUAUGUGUCGCCUAUA